ACCCAGGAGAUCCAGGUCUCCCUGGUACCCCUGGUCACCUGAACAAUGGAAAUGGAAAUGUUAGAGGUGUUCAAGGUGAUCCAGGGUAUCCUGGAACUCCUGGACCUCAAGGUGACCCUGGGAACAUGGGCAUGCAUGGACCUCCUGGCGCACCAGGGUUAACAAUACCAGAAGAGCCGGGUCGGCCUGGCUCACGAGGGCCCCUUGGUCCGAAGGGCUUCAAAGGAGAGAAAGGGAGGUAUAACAACUUUGAAAAUCUGUUUCCGGGAGUAAAGGGACCUAAAGGACUCCUCGGACCUAAAGGUGUCACUGGUUUCCCAGGUCCUCCAGGUUACUUCCGUGAGCCUGGCAAACCAGGAGACCCUGGUGACAUGGGACACAGAGGAUCUCCUGGAAACCAAGGGGCCAUGGGACUUAAAGGUUGUCCAGGGGAAUGUAACUGUAGGUCUGCUGGUGGAAGCGAAGGCCCCUCUGGUCCUGCUGGUUACCCAGGACAUCCGGGGUUACCUGGAUCUCAGGGACUUAAAGGGGACCCAGGGCUAAAAGGAUUUGAGGGUCCAAAAGGACCACAUGGUUUUCAAGGAAUUCCUGGCAGUAAAGGACAAAAGGGUCAAAAGGGUGAAUCCUUCUCGGUAGAUGCUGAAGGUGCCAAGGGGAACAAAGGAGUCCCUGGACAUUCUGGUCCUCCUGGAGAAGCGGGUAGGCCAGGACGUGAUGGCCCCUCUGGACCUGCGGGGGAACAUGGACCUCCAGGUGCUGGAUAUAUAGGAUUACCUGGUCCCAAAGGUUAUCAUGGUGUUGCUGGACCAAAAGGGUUUCAAGGCCUUAUCGGCCCCUCAGGUCCUGGUAUUUCAGGUCCAAAGGGGCAGUCUGGACCCAAAGGUUAUCAGGGACUUCCUGGCCACCCGGGCAUUCCUGGUCGAAAAGGCACUCCAGGUGAAACGAGGGAAUGUUGUCAUGAAGAGGUGAUUGGAUCACCUGGUCCAAAGGGAGAGCCUGGCUCACCGGGGUUUCCAGGUGAGCCAGGAAGGGAUGGUCCUAUGGGAGCUGUGGGACUCCCAGGACCAAAAGGCAUGAAAGGCGAUGACAGUAGAACUGGAGGAAUUGGACUGCUUGGUUUAAAUGGGGAUCAAGGGGACCCUGGUCCUAGUGGAAUUAGCCAGGAUGGCCCUCCAGGUCUUCCUGGGUUGCCAGGAUUUCUAGGUAGGAAGGGUGACCCAGGAGAUAUCCUUUCUGCCAGGCCAGGUGCUACUGGCCUACCUGGCCUACCUGGGGCUCUUGGACCAAGUGGACUUCGAGGAAUUCCUGGAAAUCUAGGGCCUCAAGGCGCACAAGGCCAGCCUGGGCGACCUGGUUGGAAAGGAGAGCCAGGUGACAAUGGUGUCCCUGGAAACACUGGUCCCCGUGGUCCACCCUGCACUUUGUGUGACCGGAUUGGAACUCCAGGCCCCUCAGGCCUCCCAGGAAACCCUGGACAGAGGGGAGAAUCAGGCCACUCUGGCCAGAAAGGUUUUAAAGGAGCUGUAGGUCCACCUGGUCAUGGGCAAAGUGGUCCACAAGGUUUCCCUGGCCCACCCGGUUUGCCAGGCCCAGCUGGGCCAAGAGGCCCUGCUGGUGCCUCAGGAGAUCCUGGGGUCGAUGGCUGGCCAGGACAGAAAGGUGAAAGGGGGUAUGUAGGCAGGAAUGGGGCCAGUGCUUUACCAGGUGGUCCUGGACCUGCAGGACCCAGAGGUAAACAAGGAGAAAGAGGCUUUGAUGGUCACCCUGGUGGUACUGGACCCCAAGGACAGCCCGGUAAUAAAGGUAUGAUCGGUCGACCCGGAUCAAGAGGACCUCCCAUCGUAGUAAAUGUAAUAAAAGGCGCAUUGGGACUUCCAGGAAGGAGGGGGCCAUCAGGAGAAACGGGAUCUGCAGGCUCAAAGGGUCCAAGGGGUGCCCCAGGUGAUUCAGGGCCUGAUGGACGGCCUGGUUCGUCAGGGUUUAAAGGCAGCACUGGUGUUCCAGGCACAGCAGGAACACCUGGACUUCCUGGGUUCCAAGGGAUCAAAGGUUUCCCUGGUUCAAGGGGAUAUCCUGGACAUGAUGGAGAUCUGGGAGAUGAGGGGCCAAGGGGGAAAAUUGGUAUCCCAGGGUUACUAGGAUAUCGAGGAGCCAAGGGUGAGCAAGGAAGAUCUUGUAACAAACCUGGUCCACCUGGACCCAAAGGAUUGCCAGGGGAUGACUACAGUAUAUGCAGCGGGAGUCCAGGAGAUCCAGGGGACCCAGGACCCUGGGGAAUGUCAGGACAGCCCGGACACCAAGGGAUGGUCGGUGAACCAGGAAAACAAGGAGGACCAGGUUUCCUUGGACCUCGUGGGCCAUCAGGCCAUCCAGGUUUUCCAGGUGUUCCAGGAGAUCGUGGCGGUCUGGGACCCAUGGGCCCACCCGGCCAAUAUGGGCCUCCAGGUCCCUCUGGAUCACCGGGUCUGGAUGGAUUGGAUGGGCUUAGAGGUCCAAAAGGGAUAAAAGGAACAAGUGGCACAGGAAUACCUGGCCUCCCGGGACCUGAUGGUUUUCCUGGAGUCAAAGGUGUCAUGGGUCAGCAAGGACCUCCAGGGGACAUAUUUUCUGGGGACAAGGGCCAUAGGGGUCCACCGGGCCCAACAGGUCUUCCAGGAUUUCCAGGUGAACCUGGUGAAUCUGGGGACCCUGGCAAAGGACCCUGCCAGUGUUCACCUGGACCUAACGGAGAACAAGGAUAUGGAGGCCCCCCAGGACCCUCAGGACCUCCUGGGGAGCCAGGCGCUCCAGGCAGCAGCAUUUUCACCAUAGGAGACCCUGGCCCAGUUGGUGUUCCAGGGUCACCAGGUCGUAAGGGAAACAGGGGCCUGCCAGGGCCUCCUGGGUCUCAGGGCCACCCAGGCUUUUACGGAUCAAAAGGUGAGAGAGGGCCUGCUGGUUCUACUGGUCCCCCAGGACCCAGAGGUCAGAUCGGGGUUCCUGGGCCUUGGGGCCGCAAGGGAGCAACAGGCCCAGCUGGAGAAACAGGUGCAAAAGGUGCUCCUGGUGAUUAUUUCGACGAAGAGAUGGCACCCCCUGGACUCCCAGGACCAAGGGGUCCCUCCGGACCUGUGGGAUUCCCUGGGGACAUAGGUCCUCCUGGGACUCCAGGACGUAAAGGACAGAAGGGCCACACAGGGUUUGUGGGUCUCCCUGGCAAACUGGGUCCUGCUGGUCGUAAUGGUCCUGUUGGAGACGCAGGAGAUGCUGGUCAGCUCGGAUUUUCUGGACCUCAAGGUCUCCCAGGUCCACCCGGUGAUCCAGGUAACCCCGGCCAAGUGGAGACGUUAAGGUCAGGCUUUCUGUUGGUAAUCCACAGUCAGUCAGUUCAGGUGCCACAGUGCCCUGAAGGCAGCAGUCAGAUUUGGGUGGGCUACAGUUUGGUCUACUUGGAUGGACAAGAGAAGGCUCACACUCAAGAUCUGGGACAGGCUGGUUCUUGCCUCCCAAUUUUCUCCACCAUGCCCUUCUCCUACUGCAACAAAGGCGCCUGUCACUACUCUAGUCGCAACGACAAGUCCUACUGGCUCUCCACUACUGCUCCCAUACCCAUGAUGCCCCUGUUUGGCCCGGAGAUUAGCUCCCACAUCAGCCGCUGUGUGGUGUGUGACACAGUUUCACCUGCAGUGGCUUUUCACAGCCAGGAUUUUAAAGUCCCUGCAUGCCCACCUGGCUGGAGGAGUCUGUGGAAGGGCUACUCUUUCCUCCUGCACACAGGGGCAGGUGACGAGGGGGGUGGCCAGUCUCUGGCUUCUUCCGGAAGCUGCCUCAAGGAUUUCCGAACUCACCCUGUGAUAGAGUGCCAGGGUGCGCGGGGCUCUUGUCACUACUUUGCCAACAUCUACAGUUUUUGGCUGACUACUGUCAGUGAGACGGAGCAGUUUGUCACCCAGAGGUCUGGCACCCUCAAGGCAGCUGAGCGGCAGCGUCACAAAGCCAGUCAGUGUCAUGUCUGCCUCAAAGAACAUAAUCAAGGAGGUCUUUUCACUUUUAGUUAAUCCUUUUAUUCAAAGUUUUUCUGUUUCUACUCAGAGUAAUAGAUUAUAUAUGAUUGUAACGUGUUUGAUUACUAGGGGGUUCUGUUGGGGUUUCACAGAGAUGAAGUAAAAGUUGCUGGUUAGUAAUUAAACUUGCAGCAGUAAUUGCACUUUUGGCACUGAGACUCCUCGUCUGACCUCUUUUGCGCUGGAUCGCCACUACUGCCAAUGUAGACUAGGAGACAAAUAAUCCAUGCAAACAAAUAGAGCUGAGGCCAAUCACACGUCCACCUGGCACCGUUCC